AUGGCAAAUUCUAGCAAUGUCUUCUGGUACGCAAUCCAAAAGCACGAAUACUUGGCUAUGCUGGGCAUACUCCUAGGGCAGAGGUGGUUCUUAGCGCCAAUUCUUUUCGUUACACGCCUGACAGGUUACGCCGUAAUGACGAUGUGCAUUGGACUCAUAGGUUUAGCAACGAUUACAAUGGCCUGUGAUGUUGCCCCAUUAAUUGCAGAGCCUGGCACGUGGAGGUAUAGAUCCUUUAUUUGGAUAAUAGUUGUUGGUUCUUUUCAGAUUUUCUUCAACUUCAUCUCCGCGGCGGUGUUCUCCAUGCGCUUGGGCAAGACACCCCCUACACAGCACUUUUGUCCCAACACCAAAGAAAACUUAUUGCCGAAUGUGCACGAUGUCUUCACGAGCCGUGGAUUCUCUAUUGCCAGUACCUCUCGAGAUGAUGUUCGUUCAUCUUCUAAGACCCAUCUUUGUCGCCAAGGUGACGAAGAGGAGGAUGAUAGUAGCGACACGUCAUCCGAUGAGUCAACCAACUCGCGACCACUUAAGCGCCCAUCUUGUUGUUCACACCUCCAUAAGUACUUUCAGCAGCUCUGUCCACGAGGCCUUGCUCCCUCGCUGAUAUCUACUGAGGUGUUGCGAGAGUUGGAGCGUUUGAGUCUUACUGCAGAAAAAUACACUCCAGAGGAGCGCCGUUAUAAGCUGCUCGACGCGCCGCGGCGUCACUGCAAAACAUGUUGCCGUCUCAAAGCCCCACGAGAGCACCACUGCAGUAUAUGCAACGAAUGUGUGGCGAAGAUGGACCACCACUGCAUGUUCCUCAAUAACUGUGUUGAUGUUGAAAACCAGCGGUAUUUUGUACUAUUUGUCCUAUGGUUCCAUGUUAUGAGCCUUUUUGUUGUGGGUUUUGCUGGCUAUGCUUCGUUGCGCCAAAUGAUGUAUGAGCACCAGCUCAAGAAGAUCACGCAGCAAUUUGCUCAGAACUUGGAGAUGGAUGGUCAUACCGCUCUUCAGAAAGAUGUGGUACACCUUCUCAACAACGCCCCAUACGGUCCUGGUGGCUCCAAACUUCUCUCGACUCCAGUCAUUCUAACCAUUACUCUUGCCUGUGUUGCGGUUAUUUUUACAGGCUUUUUUAAUGUGCAAAACUUUCUUCAGAUACGACGGAACGUGACGCCUAUUGAGAGUAUUACCAUUCAUCAUAAAAGAAGAUGGAUCUUUUCGAGCACUAACUUCUCGUAUCGUAGCCCAUACGACUUGGGUCCGUGGCGCAACUUUAUCGAAGUCUUUCGCACCGUUGAUGACCCUGUCGUGCGGUGGGAGCUUGAAAAGACAGGGAGGAUUGGAACCAUAGGAGCGACCUCGAGAGUGGCAGGGAUUCCUGUACCACCGCAAGGUUGUCUAAGAUGUUUCCUUCACAUCCUACAUAAGGCGGCCGUGGGGAUCUGGCUCAUGGCGAUUCCGUCUCUCCGACCAACUGGGCAAGACGGAAUUCACUAUCCUAUUUAUAGUUCUGAGAUGCAAGACUACAAUGGGCGAGUGUGA